AUGGACCGGGCUCACAGAGCACUACGACCCCCUAAUCUGAAUCUCUCUACCCCAAGAGACGUAAUAAUCUGCCUCCACUACUUCCAAACUAAAGAAAAAUUAAUGCAACUAGCCAGAGACCUCCCUCCCAAGUAUAAAGACGUCCGCCUAACCUUCUUCCAGGACUUGGCCCCAACUACACUAAAGAAGAGAAGAGAUUUAAAACCCCUCACCUUGGCCCUCCAAGAACAGGGGCUAAAAUACACUUGGGGCCACCCCUUCAAACUGCUGGUCAAAAAAGGCGACCAAACCCAUAUCCUCACCACAGCCGCAGAAAUGGAUCCAAUGGCGGACUCUCUGGGAAUUCAGCUCCUGAACCCCACACCUCUAACGGGAUACAGGGGAAGAGACCGCUCCAGAGACAGAGCUACAUCCCCACAUCCGGCCAAACAGAAAAGACACCAUAGAAGACAACACUGCUACUAG